AUGGCUUUACUUAUUUGGAUGUGGGCACACAGCGCGGGGUUGCAACGGAAUAUCUCAUUGAGAAAAUUAUCAAUGAAGCGAAUGGAACCCAAUGGAGCCAAUGAAAUUAAUGAAGAACCCAAUAGAGCCCCAAUGGAGUCCCAAUGGGAGUCAAUGGUUCCAAUAGAAAAAUCAUAG